CCCGUCUCCGGCUCUCCUCAAAGUCCUGGAGAACCAGCAGUCCUUCUCAUAGUCAUCACAUUAACCUAUCCACCAUGGCGCCGACGACACUCUCCGCCUUGGUCGGCAGCCUGUUCCUGGGCUUCGCGGCUAGGGCUCAGUGGAACGAGCCGCAAGACCCUCAAGAGACGGGCUUCAGUUAUGUGCAGCCUCUCAACACCACCAUCCUUGGCCAAUACGGGCAUUCACCCGCCGUCUAUCCUUCCCCCAAUGCCACCGGCAGUGGCGGGUGGGAGGCUGGACUGGCCAAGGCUAAAGACUUCGUCUCCAAACUGACACUCGAGGAGAAGGCGCUCAUGGUGACGGGCUACCCAGGGCCGUGUGUGGGCAACAUCCUCGCCAUCCCCCGUCUCAACUUCCCGGGCUUGUGUCUCCAGGACGGACCGCUCGCUAUCCGUGUAGCCGACUACGCCAGCGUCUUCCCCGCCGGCGUGUCUGUCGCGGCCUCCUGGGACCGUACCCUGAUGUACCAGCGCGGCCUGGCCAUGGGAGAGGAAUUCCGCGGAAAAGGCGCUCAUAUUUUUCUUGGCCCUGUUGCCGGUCCGCUUGGGAGAUCGGCCUAUGCAGGACGCAAUUGGGAGGGAUUCUCGCCGGAUCCGUACCUAACAGGCGUCGGCAUGGAGGAAACUAUCAACGGCAUGCAGAAGGCCGGCGUUCAGGCGACGGCCAAGCACUUCAUCGCCAACGAGCAGGAGGCCCAACGCAACCCGUCCUGGAAAAACGGCGUCAUCUCCCAAGAGGCUCUCUCGGCCAACCUGGACGACCGCACCAUGCACGAGCUCUAUCUGUGGCCCUUCGCCAAUGCUGUCCGCGCCAAGGCAGCUGCCGUCAUGUGCUCGUACCAGCGCAUCAACGGCUCGUACGGGUGCCAGAACUCCAAGGUGCUGAACGGCCUCCUGAAGACCGAGCUCGGCUUCCAGGGUUAUGUUAUGAGCGACUGGGGUGCUACCCACGCGGGCGUUGCCGCCAUCGAGGCCGGACUCGACAUGGAUAUGCCGGGGGGUUUGGGCCCCUACGGCAUGCGAUGGGGAGGCGGCGCCUUCUUCGGCUCGAACGUGACGGCGGCGGUGAAGAACGGAACCCUGGACCAGACUCGGCUGGACGACAUGAUCGUGCGCAUCAUGACCCCCUACUACGCUCUCGGCCAGGACACCGGCUUCCCCACCGUUGAUCCGUCCACGGCCGACCUCAACACCUUCUCGCCUCGCAACACCUGGCUUACCGAGUUCAACCUCACGGGCGAGAGCAGCCGCGACGUCCGGGGGAACCACGCGGACCUGAUUCGGCAGCACGGCGCAGCCGCCAUGGUGCUGCUGAAGAACGAGAAGGGCGCGCUGCCGCUCAAAGCUCCCAAGUCGAUCGCCGUGUUUGGCAACGACGCGGGUGAAAUCACAAGCGGCUUCUACAAUCAAAAGAACUACGAGUACGGCACGCUCUCGGCGGGCGGCGGCUCCGGCACCGGCCGCUUCACCUACAUUGUGACCCCCCUCGAGGCCAUCAAAGCGCGGGCGGCCAAGGACAAGGCGCUGGUGCAGUACUGGCUGAACAACACCGAGAUCGCUACCUCGGACGUCAACACCCUGUGGGUCCCCAAGCGCCCCGAGGUCUGCCUCGUCUUCCUCAAGACCUGGGCCGAGGAAGCCGCCGACCGCACGCACCUCGACUCGGACUGGCACGGCAACGAGGUGGUCGAGUCGGUGGCGUCGGCGUGCAACAACACCAUCGUGGUGACCCACUCCGCCGGCAUCAACACGCUCCCCUUUGCCGACCACCCCAACGUGACGGCCAUCGUGGCGGCGCACUACCCCGGCCAGGAGAGCGGCAACUCGCUGGUGGACGUGCUGUACGGCGACGUCAACCCGUCGGGCCGGCUGCCGUACACCAUCGCGCUCAACGGCAGCGACUACAACGCGCCGCCCACGACCGCCAUCAGCACGACGGGCGUUGAGGACUGGCAGAGCUGGUUCGACGAGAAGCUCGAGAUCGAUUACCGCUACUUUGACGCGCACAACAUCAGCGUGCGCUACGAAUUCGGCUUCGGCCUGUCCUACACCACCUUUGCGCUGUCCGACAUCCAGGCGGCCAAGGCGAACAAGAAGUCGACCAUCUCGGCCGCGGCCCCGGCCCAGCCCGUCCAGCCUGGCGGCAACCCGGCGCUGUGGGAGACGUUGUACACGGUCACGGUGACGGUGCGCAACACGGGCGCCGUGGACGGCGCGGCCGUGCCGCAGCUGUACGUGACACUGCCCGUUGAGGGUACGCCGCCGCGGCAGCUGCGCGGGUUCGACAAGGUGUUCCUCAAGGCCGGCAAGAGCAAGACGGUGAGCUUCCCGCUGAUGAGGCGCGACCUGAGCUACUGGGAUGUAAUCAACCAAGACUGGGUCAUUCCGAACGGUAACAUCGGUGUGAGCGUCGGGUUCAGCAGCCGCGAUUUGAAGCAGUUUACCACGAUCGCGCCCCUGUCAUCGUGA